UCUCUCUCUCUCUAGAAACUAUUUUCACUCUGGUUUUACGCCGGUUGGCAGCUGAAACCGCUACACAUCUCUCUUUCAUUUCCCCACCAUAUGUAUCUUAUAUAUAAACACCUUCUCUCUCCUUCAUCUUCUCUCUCUCUCCUCUCUCAAACUUUUGUGGUUAUCAGUUCUGUGUUUUGAGCAUUUUCGCAUACAGUACUAACUAGUACUCCUCAUAGCUACCUUUGCAUGCACUGCCGUUUCUUGAACAAACUUCUUCUUCUUCAAAUCCGACUAAAAAUGGCUUCCAAGUGAUUUCAGUAGUAACGCUUCAAGUUGAAGUUGUAAGAGAUUAAACAGAGACGAAAAAGGAGAAAAGAAAGGUGACUAAAAUAGUCGUCAAUGGCUCCGGCUACCAACUGUAACUGGCUAUCGUUCUCUUUGUCUCCAUUGGAAAUGUUGAGGUCUUCCGAGUCGACUCAGUUCAUGGCGGCCGCGUACGAGAACUCGGCCUCCACCGCUACGCCUCAGUACCUAAUCGAUAACUUCUAUGCCAAUGGGUGGGCUAAUCCGAAGUCUCAAGUGUUCUUGACGGAGGAAGACAAUCAAGGAAAAGAAAGCCAACCGCUUAGUAAUAUUGCCGAUGAUUCGCCGAUUCUGACGAGCUUCAUCGAUCCGCAGAGCCAAAGCCAAGCCGUCCCAAAGCUCGAGGACUUUCUCGGCGACUCGUCGUCGAUGGUCCGAUACUCCGACAGCCAAACGGAGACCCAAGACUCGUCGCUGACUCAAAUCUACGACGCGUCCUACUUCGCUGACCAACAGCAAGAUCUCAAGGUCAAGGCGGUCACGGGUUUCCAAGCUUUCUCGACCAACUCGGGCUCGGAGGUCGACGACUCGGCCUCAAUCCCGAGGACUCAGCUCGCUUGCGCCGAGUUCGCUGGUCACUCGAUUGAGUCGUCGGCCGGGAACGAGUUGGCCUUCUCGAGUUGCCCCACGGGAUCUUUGUCGCUUGGCGUCACCACUCAGUCUCUGAGCACUGAGAAAACCUUUGUUCCUGUUGAUUCGGAUUGCUCAAAGAAGGUUGCCGAUACUUUUGGCCAGCGAACUUCCAUUUACAGAGGGGUCACUAGACACAGAUGGACGGGUAGAUAUGAAGCGCAUCUAUGGGAUAACAGCUGUAGAAGAGAGGGUCAGGCCAGGAAAGGUCGUCAAGUUUACUUAGGUGGCUACGACAAAGAAGAAAAAGCAGCCAGGGCAUAUGAUUUAGCCGCUCUAAAGUACUGGGGCGCCAAUGCAACCACCAACUUUCCUGUUUCAAAUUACAGCAAAGAAUUGGAAGAGAUGAAACAUGUAACCAAGCAAGAAUUCAUUGCGUCCCUCAGAAGGAAAAGUAGUGGUUUCUCAAGAGGGGCUUCAAUAUACAGGGGAGUAACAAGGCAUCAUCAACAAGGUCGUUGGCAAGCAAGAAUAGGUCGUGUUGCUGGGAACAAAGAUCUGUACCUUGGGACAUUUGCCACAGAAGAGGAAGCCGCAGAGGCUUAUGACAUUGCCGCCAUAAAGUUCAGAGGUGCAAAUGCGGUGACAAACUUUGAAAUGAGCCGAUACGACGUAGAAGCUAUAGCAAAAAGUGCUCUUCCUGUUGGUGGAGCAGCAAAGCGCUUAAAGCUCUCCCUCGAUUCGGAGGAUCAAAAACCAUCUCUUACUCAGGACCAGCAAACUCAAUACGGAAAUAGCAUCGUCACCACCACUGCCAACAACAUCAACUUCUCCACUAUUCAGCCGGCUUCUGCUGUCCCAUGCGGGAUUCCAUUCGAUGCAGCGCUUUACCACCACAAUCUGUUCCAGCAUUUUCAACCUAACUACAUCGGAGGCGCAGAUGCUGCAGGCUCAUCACCUGCCGUUGCAGCUCCUGUGACGGCCUUGAUUUCCCAGCCGGCGGAGUUCUUUGUAUGGCCUCACCAGUCCUACUGAUAUCGGUGGAUAAGUAGUAGUCCGUUUUUUGCAUUCCCUAAUGUUAGCGGCUAACAAAAUUAUCGAAAGCUCUUUAUUCGUGGCUUCCUUUCUGGCUGACCAAACAUCUGACCCCUUGUAGUCCGACCUCCCAAGUUUGAGGAGUUGUAGAAGAAAAGGCUUAGGAGGUUUUGCUCUUUUCCGUUUGCAGGCUUAAGAGCGUACUGGAUACAGUGGUAGGAAAGCUGGCUCUUGUAUUUAACCUUAUUAGAUAUCUGGUACAAUGCUGAAAAAGAGGGUUAUCAACCUAGU